AAACUGUUAAUUAUGGUAUAUAUAUAGAAAUUCUUAAUUAUAGGGAUAUUUUUUUAGGGUAAUUUAUUAUUUAAAUUGAGGCAAAUAUGUUUAAACAAAUGAUAUUUUCCGUUUAAAAAUUAAAUAUUUUUAGAAUAAUAGGAUAUAUUAUAAUUGAUUAUUAUUUAGAAUAAUAAUAAGUAAAAAAAAAAAGAUAGUAAUAAUGAUUUUGUGUCAGAGUGAGUCAGAAACAAUCUUAAGUUUAUCUAUCUAAUUAAAAUAAUAAAAUAAAAUAAAAUAAAAUUGAGUUGUUGUUCUUCUUCUUCUUCUCUCUUCGUCACCCCUAACCCUAAACGCACCUGAGCAGCCUCUCUUCUCUCUGUUCCUUUCAGUUGAGAUUAGUAAUAUAUUCUGAGUUUUCAAUGGGUAAUGCUAAUGCUACUCCAUCACCAUCACAAGAUUAGUAAUAUAUUCUGAGUUUUCAAUGGGUAAUGCUAAUGCUACUCCAUCACCAUCACAAGUAAGUUUAAAUAAAUGUAUAAGAAAAGUUCCACCAGCUCACUACACGAUGAAAGUUGAUUCGUUCAGUUUGUUCUCAAAAUCAAUAAAUAAACACAAGGGUUCUGUAUUUGAAGCCGGUGGAUACAAAUGGCAAUUGUCAUUUUAUCCAAAUAAAGAUAAAAAUUACUUGUCUUUGUACUUGACGAUAAUAUGGUGCAAUGAUGAUGAUGAUGAGAGUGAUGAUAUUGCUUCGAGUAUUGGUUGGGAGGUUAAUGUUAACUUCACUUUGUUUGUCUAUAAUCAAACAAAAGAUAAUUAUCUGGCCUUUCAAGGUGUGAGGCGUUUUCACGAGAUGAAAAAAGAAUGGGGAUUUGAACAAAUAAUAUCACUUGAAACAUUCAAAGAUGUGCAUAAUGGAUAUGUGGUUAAUGACUCGUGUGUAUUUGGAGCUGAAGUUUUUAUCAUAAAUCAAACUGCUCCAAUCUUCGCAACACUUUCUGUAGUGCAACGUCGAUUCAUGGAUAAUCCUAUCUUUCGUUGGGAAAUUAAAGAAUUUUCUAAGAUAAUGAACAAAUAUGAACACAAUUCUCAAGUGUUUUCUUCUGGAGGAAUAGAGUGGCAUUUAAGUAUCGGUCUAGACGGUCAACGAAGCAUAGAUGGAAAAUCGUUGACAAUGUUUUUAAUGAUGGAACAUCUAAAAGAAUCAACAACUUAUGUUGAGUUUUGUCUCCGAGUAAUUGAUCAACUUAAUUCUAAACACAAAGAAUUUAAAGUUAAUAAAUGUUAUCCUGGCAAAAAUAAUGGUUGGGGUGCGAGAUUAUUGUCACUGGAAGAUCUUCACAAUAAUUCAAAUUAUUAUGUUGUUAAAGAUACUCUAAUUCUAGAAGUUGAUUUCUCUCUCAUCUCACGUACUAAAGUUUCCACAUCUUCCAAACCUACAAAAAUUAUAAAUUGAGUACAUAAUGAGUUAAUUAUUUGUUUUAAA